GAUGAGCUGUGCUGGUUUCCUUCUGUCGAGCUGGGUCCCAUGCUCAUCCAGAAAGUCAGAAACGAUGGAAAGAAUUUCUUUUCAUGAAAUUGGGUGCCAUGGUUACUCCUGGUGACUGGUGUAGUAGUGUGGUUCCGAAGGUUGCCGUGUACCCCGCUGGGUUGGCUCAGGUCAACCCACGACCAUUCUUCGUAGUGCUCCUAUCACCGGCCCGUUGAUUGCCUGCCCCACUCGGCCUCUCCCCUCCCCGUGCCUUCCCGCCGCGAAGCCGCCGCCGUUCGCCCUCCAGCCCACCUCCUCCGUGCCGGCGCUUCCUACUGCCGUCCGCAGCCGUCGUCCGCCCUCCAGCCGCAUCGCCGAGCUCCUCCGCGGGCGGCUGGCUUCCUUCGCGCCGCCCGGACCUCCCCCGCGCGGCGGCCUCCGCUCCAGCGCCGGCCCGGCUCCGCGCCGAGUUACUCCACCCCGAUUGAUUCCCCGCCGAGCUCCUCCGCGCCGCGCCGAGCGCAUCCCCGUCGAGCUCCUCCGGCGACGACCUCCUCCACCUCCGCGCCGACCCAGGCGGCGGGGAGGUGGAGCAGCGGUGAACAAGCGGCGGCGGGCCUGAGAGAGGGAGAGGAGAGAGAGGUAGGCGCGGCGUGGGUCCAUGCGAGUCGCCGAGUCAACGGCGCACGCGAUUGGAGUGCUGCCUGCGUCCACUGGUGAAAACGAGUUACGAGCCGUUGGAUUCGUUUUUGACGUCGGAUACAUAGGCGAAAGCAACAUGACUCACUGAAGGAAGCCUGCACGCUGGCGAAGACAAAUAGAUGUUUGCAGUCAUGUGAAAGUGCUUUUGCAGUCAGGAUUUUGUUUAAAAGAAAAUGGACUCUGAGUCUAGCAGAUAUGAAAAGCUGGAGAGCAUGUUACACAAUGGAAGUUCAGAACCAUGCAAUCUACCAUUAGAAUAUUUGAGAAACAUCACAAACAACUUUUCUGAUGAGCGACUACUUGGUGAAGGUGGUUUUGGCAAGGUAUAUAAGGGAGUACUACAAAAUGGGGAAACAAUUGCUGAAAAGAAACUUAAUUCGUCAAUACCAGGAGUUACGGAUAGGCAAUUUGAGAAUGAGGCCUAUCAUCUUAUGAGGCUCAGACAUCCAAAUGUAGUGCUACUUACAGCCUGCUGUUCUGAAACAGAGAAUACAUAUGUAGAGUAUAAUGGGAAAUACAUCUGUGCUGAGAAGUCAGAAAGGUUGCUUUGCUUAGAGUACAUGCCUAAAGGAAGCCUUCGUGGGUACCUUUCAGACUUUGGCUUGUCCAGACUCUUCAGUGAGGAGAAAACUUGGACUUGCACGACAAGUCGUGAUGGAACAUUGGGUUACAUGGCGCCAGAAUACAUAAACAGAGGUCUAAUCACAACAAAGUCCGACAUAUUCAGUUUUGGUGUAAUAAUCAUAGAGAUAGUGACAGGACACAGGGACUACCCAGAUGAGACUGAAAUAUCUUCCCAGGAAUUUAUUGAGCUUAUAAUUAAUAAUUGGAGAAAUAGUCUGGAAAAAUCACAGUGCUAUACAUCAUUUGAGAAUGAUUGCCAAAAAAUAAGAAGAUGCAUUCAGAUCGGUCUUCUCUGUGUGAAACUUGACCGGUCGAAAAGGCCUACAACAAGCCAAAUUAUCAAAAUGCUUCAUGAACCGGAAGGUGCAGCAAGCGCCAAGAGAAAAGAGUCAGCCUCUCUGAGAAUAGAAGAAAUGAGAGUGAAAAGGCAUGAUACAGAUCAGUGGAUGUCAUAUUGACAUCUUCCUGAGAACCUCAAGGAAAGAAUACGGUGUUAUGAACAAUACAGAUGGCAAGAAACAAGCGGUGUUGAUGAAGAGCAACUCCUUGUGAAUCUCCCCAAAGAUCUUAGGAGGGAUAUAAAACUACAUCUUUGUUUAUCACUUCUCAUGAGGGUUCCAAUGUUUGAAAAUAUGGACGAUCAGCUCUUGAAUGGCAUGUCUGAUCGCCUAAAGCCCAUUCUAUACACAGAAGGCAGCUGCAUCAUUUGUGAAGGGGAUCCAGUAACCGAAAUGCUCUUCAUCAUGCGAGGAAAUCUAAUGAGCAUGACAACAAAUGGUGGAAGGACUGGCUUCUUCAACUCCGACAUUCUGAAAGGUGGAGAUUUCUGCAGCGAGGAGCUCCUAACAUGGGCUCUUGACCCCACAUCAACAUCAAGCCUCCCCAACUCAACAAGGAUGAUGAAGACAAUUUCCAAAGUCGAAGCUUUUGCUUUGAGGGUUGAUGAUUUGAGGUUUGUGGCCACCCAGUUCCGACGACUCCACAGCAAGCAGCUCCAGCACCAGGAGCAGUGGAGAACCUGGGCCGCCUGUUUCAUCCAAGCAGCCUGGCACCGGUACUGCAGGAAGAAGACUGAAUAUUCCUUGUACGAGAAGGAGAGGUUGUCGUUCGCGAUUGUGAUUGAAGGCUCCACCUCUCUCAGCUUCAUGGCAGCACUGUAUGCUUCACGUUUCGCUAGAAACAUGGUACGGAUCUUGAGGAGAAAAGCCACGCGCAAGGCCCGGCUGCCUGCGAGACUGCUGUGGAAGCCUGCAGAGACCAACUUCUCUGCGGAAGAGCAGUAACGUUCGCUAUCCGUACUUUGCGGAACAUCAUUAACCCCCUCUUAAAGAUCAACAUGCUAAUCCUAUGGACUUAGCGAGCGUCAGUCCCUGUUCAAGAGAACAGGGCAUGAAAAACUGCGUGGCUGCUGUCUAAGGGGCUAAACUCAUGUCACAUCGGAUGUUUGAUACUAAUUAGGAGUAUUAAAUAUUGUCUAAUUAUAAAACUAAUUGCACAGAUGCA